AUAAAAAACAGUCUCUUCGCAAAGGGUGCGUUUCAUUCUUACGACUAUAACAGACGAACACGUCUCUUCCCAAAGGUCUCAAGAACACCUAUAUUAGGAGACCCAAGGAAGAUCGUUUAAUCCAUCAAAAUCCGCUUGUAUCCUUAGAGAAUCUAACGUCAUGGCUUCAUCAUCUUCUACGGCACCAUCAACGUUCGGUUUCUCCUCAACCGGUUAGUGUUCUUAUGUGCUUAAUUCUUUGAAUUUUAUCAUAUUUGUGAAAUUAGAUCCUUAAUUGGGACUGAUUAUUCAACAUUUGGUAUCCGAGCCCCGUUAAUUCUCACUUGGUAAAAUUGGAAGUUUACGAUAUGCCUAAAUUAUACGGAGUAUAUUGUUUUUUGCCGAUUAUAUUUUCUGAUCAAAACCAUUUUCCGGAUUCUGGUUUCCAUCGUGUUUCUUCUUGAUUUUGAACUGAGUGCUUUAAGUUUAAAUAAAUUCUUUGUUAUGUGUUGCUAUCUCCAAAACCGAGAAUGUCAUUAUGGUGUUUUUAUAUAAAAGGUGCCGUCACCACUAAUGCUGUAAUGAUUCACAUAUGAAUUAUAUGAUUUUGUUUAAACACAUAAAAUUGAUGUCUCUGCUAAUUUCCGUAUGAAUAACUGUAUAAGUAGAUUAAGUGCAGACAAUCUGUUUUCUAGAAUUGGAAAGUAUGGAACAUUUAGAUACUGUACAUUACAUCCAGUUCUGUGUGAAGUAAAUUAUCUUCAUAAAUGUUCUAGACAAAUGGCCAUUAGAAAUUCAUGUGAAAUGGAUUAAUGGAAUCAUUUGCAUUUUGACAAGUGUUGUCACUUAUUAUGCUACGGCUGUGUUGAUUCCUUAGUAUAAGUGCAUUCACAACCAAUAACAUGUAUUCAUAUAUAAUGUUUUAUUCUUCAUUCUAAAUUAAGUUUUGGUAUGAAUCGUCUUGUCUACACUUUGGUUGAUGAAGAUAAAGUAAAAGUAUUUGAAUUUUCCAGAAUGUAUGAACAUGCAUAUAACUUUAUUUGUUUGUUUUUGUUGUUUACGAUCAUCAACAAUAAAACACAAAUGAUGCACCAGUUUGUUUGUUUUUGGACCUAAAUAAUGUUUUCCAGAACAUUAUUAUCAUUCCAAACGCAGUUCAUAUAUGAAUUAUGGAUUACUAAUGAUCUUAGUGUCAAGUUCAAUGAUCGGCUCAACGGAAGAUUAUUGAUUUUGACUAUCUUAAACAAUUAUAUGAGUUUUCUUUUAACAAACUCAAAGGUGUGUUAUUUGAUAACUUAUGUAAUGAAAUUUAAGCAUAAGUGAAUGUGUUAUAUUUCUGCCCAAAGGUGAUAUAUGACAUAUUUGAAGCCUAAUUUUAAUUUUAAUAUCAUAAUGUUUGAUAGUUAGCAUUAGCCAACGCAAUGUUAGUUAUUAAACAUGAUAUGAAUUUUUCCUAUUAUUUGGUGUUGAUAAUAGGCUUAUUUACUAAAAAUUGACAUGCCAUAUUGUAUUCCCUUACAUGUAAUAAAUAGCUUCUGUUAUUGCCUCUCUUAAAACUUUUAUUUCACCAUCUACUUUUACCCCGUACAAUUAUGGGAUAGAACCUCUAAAUGGUACAAACUUUUCAACAUGGAGAGAAUCUAUAAAACUCUCACUAGGCAUGAUGGACCUCGACCAAGCAUUGAGAAUGGAUCCACCAGGUGCUCCUAAUGAUGAAAGCACUGUAGAACAGAAGCGUUCUUAUGAAUAGUGGGAGAGGUCCAACCGAAUGUGCCUCAUGGUGAUUAAGAAUUCCAUAUCUGUAGCUAUUCGCGGAGCCAUUCCCGACUCUGAAAAUGCGAAGACCUACCUAGAAUAUGUGGAAGAACACUUUAAGGGCACAUCUAAAGCACAUGCUAGUACCUUGAUUCUAAAAAUGUUGACUAAUAAGUACGAUGGAGUGAGUGGUAUUCGUGAGCACAUCAUGAAAAUGUCUGGAGAUCAGUGAAGGCUUUCUCGUUCAUUUCAUAAUGACUUCUCUACCUGCGUCUUAUGGUCCGUUCAAGAUCAAUUACAACACGCAGAAAGAGAAGUGGACCAUGAGUGAGUUAAUUGCUAUGUGCGUUCAAGAAGAAGAGCGCCUAAAAGUUGAAAAACCAGAUAUUGCUCAUCUUACCAUCACAAACUCAAGAAAAAGGAAAGGCAACCGUCAAGGAGGAGGAAAAGGUAGCACUUCUAAGAUCCCAAAGAUAGGUGCAAGAGUGAACUCCGGUCCCUACUGUAAGUUUUGCCGUGUCAAAGGGCAUUACCAGAGGGAGUGCUCUAAGUUUAAGGCAUGGCUGACUAAGAAAGGGAUUCCAUUCAAUCCGGACAUUGGGAAGAAAGUAAAGAGUGAUUAAGGUGGGCAACGGAGAAGAAUUAGAAGUGGAGGCCAUUGGAACUAUCUCAUUAAUUUUAGAGAAUGGCUUCAUUCUUCAUCUUCGUGAUGCUCUUUAUGUACUUAAUAUUACUCGUAAUUUGGUGUCUAUAUCGAAACUAAGUGCUGAUGGUUUUACAUUUAAUUUCGUAUACAAUAAAGUGACAAUAAGCUUGAACUCAAAUGUAAUAGGAUUUGGUAGCAUGGAGGGAAACCUCUAUAAGUUAUGCUUGGACACUAAUUUAUGGAAUCCCCAUUGUCAUUUAAUA